AUGGUGUCCGAUGCGCCGAGCUCAGCAUGGCAUCCGGCGUUGAUGCCGCAUACAAUCGCCGACUUGCCCCAAGCCCCAGCCGCCGAUUCGAUUUCGAGUCCUACCGUACCACGAGACAUUGACACCGCCGAACUCGAACAAACAAACACAUUACGACAACCCGAGGAUACCACUGAUGCUGACCCGGAGGCCGGGGCCUGGUUUCAGGAUGACGGGACCGGGGACGACGACUGGCUGGCCGAUGCGAGCAAUGAUCCCGAGCCCGAGUCCCAGCCCGAGCAACCGGCCGCAGCUCCUCCGGUAGACUCUUCAGCCGAUGAUGCGUUACCAGACGAGCCGACCACAGCGUCCAAACAUCUCAGCACCAUGUCCUUCACGCGGACUGUGCCGCACGAGGUGAACUGGAACGACGACGACGACGCCGAGUGGAAUCUGUCCCGAACAAAUACCGAUCCCUUCAAGUUCAUGCCGGAGAACAACCGCACCAACUCGUUUCCUCCGAUGCCCGAGUCCGAAGACGCGACGAACGAGCACCCACAUGAGCUGGAGCAACCGAUUUCGUUUGACCCGGCCGAGGAGCUGAUUCGGGAGAUUGAAGAGGAGGAUACGCGCGAGGAGGAGGCGUUGCCCGACGCGACCUCGGGCUCCCAGGAUGACACCGCCGCGCAUGAUCGGGAAGGUCAGGCCGCCGUCGAACCGUAUCCCGAGUCUGGUCUUGAAUCUGCCGCGGGCGACUCUGCGGAAGCUCGGUUCGAGGAGGGCGUGCCGCUGGUCCCGGCUGCGGAACAAGAGCAAGACACGACACAAGAACAGCCAUCAUCCCAAGCCGAACCCGACUUCUUCGGGGAAGAGGCCGGGGAGGAAGAUGACUUUUUUAGUCAGGUCAACACCGGCGAGGCGCCAAACCAGGAAGAGCCGCAACCGGCUCCGUUGCAGCGCAAGUCGACCAUGGAGGUGCUGAGCUCCCUGAACGUGGGCUCGGCGGGCUCGAGUUUUGCGCCGCUGGAGGGGACGGUCGAGGAAGCCGAUGCAGAAUCGGGAGAUAAUACUCCAAUUGAGCAGACUCGGGGAGAGGAGACAGCUGAGCCAGCCGCGGAAGAAAACCUGGACGAGAAGUGGAAGGCCAUGUUUGGCGACGAGGACGAGGAAGGCUUCCUGCCGGACGAGAGUGUCGGAGCACCAGAGGCACCAGAGGUGGACGCCUCUGCGUUCCUUGGGAGUGACGAUGAGGGCCUGCUCGACGACUCCGAGACCGAACAACCUGACGAGCCCAGCCGAGUCAUUGCUUCAUCGCGGUACGCGCCAGCUCCGACGCUAUCGACGCAGGGGGUCCAGGGGUAUUUCCCUCAACAACAGCAGCAACUCCAGACACCCGUUAACACGAUGGCACCUCCGAACCCUUAUCUGCCUACUAAUACACCUGUGACGCCCGCAACACCCGCCAACCCCUACGCCGCGGUCGGAGCUGGCUCGAUCGUCUCAUCCCCCGCCACGACUCCCUACGCUGCUCCAUCGACAGGACACCCACCGCCGUCGCAGUUUGGACUCGGAGCGCCGCCGCUCUUGCAGGAAAAGAGCAAGGCGCAGAGCUUCGCGGACAAGGCCAAGGGCGGGUACACCUCGCCGUACGAUCUCCCGAUGGAAGUGGUGAAGCCAAAGCGGCGGACUAGUGGGCACGCCUCGCAGUACGGGCCGUCGGCGCCGGCAUCGCCCGCUUCGCUCCCACCACCGCCGAGGAGUGUGAGCAUGCAUCAGCCACCAAUGCCACCGCCGAGCAGUUCGCACGCUCUAGCCGCGGCAGCAGCAGCAUCAUCCCGUCCGUCAUCGAGCCACGGAUCCUCGUCGACAUUACAACCACCUCCGGCUGUGGGCGUACGCAAGCUGGCUUCUCAGGAGAACUUCUUCGAGGACCUUCCGAUGACCGCCAAGCCCCGGCCGGCGUCCCGGCAGAGCCAGAAGAGCAUGCCGUCGCCGACGCAGCCUGGUCCGUACGGGGUUCCGCCGCACUCGGCCGGGCUUCCCUCGGUCACUUCUCAUCCUGUGGCCCCGGUGCCUCCGCCGGGACCAGGACCGGUACCGUCUGCUUAUCCUCCCAGCGGGACUGGAACGGGCUCCUCGGGCGCCUCAGGCCCUUCGGGCAUCUCGGGGCUGGUUGCGCCGCCGCGGCUCGACCCGUAUGCUUCUCUGAGCGCUGCGCCGAGUCUUGUCCCGGCCGCGCCUCCUGCGGCUUCAUCGACUCGGUACUCUCCUGCUCCGCCCGGCGCGGCGAAUACCAACGGCCCGGUUCCUGUUCCCAUCCCGGCUGCGACUCGGUAUUCCCCCGCUCCGCCAGCAUCUCGACAGCCCAGUGCCGGGUAUGGGCCCACGCCCACGACCCCCGGUCCUCCGAUUCUGCCUCACCAGCCGCGGACAUCCAGCCCGCUGGCACACUUUGAGAUCACGCACGACAAGGCCCGCGGCCCGGCCCCAGAGAGCGGGCUAUCGGAACGGCGAAGCAGCAGCUCGCUGCACGAACACCGGCUCCAGAGAGUGCCAUCUCUACCCCCCACUCGGGAAGUCGUCGAAGAAGAGGAACCCCCGGCCCCAGCUCGGCCGCAGACCUCAUCGGGGUCUUCUCCGCCUGUGUCCGCGACCUCCUCCAAGUACGCACCCGCCCCGCCAGCCCUGAAGCGCGCGACGUCCAACUACAGCCCGCUGGCGCCCGCGUACGACUUUGCCCCGCCGCCUCGGUCGCAAACCCAGUCGCCCGGUGCGCUGUACGGUGGAAACCGCGGAGGACUGAAGCCUGCUGCUGAACCGAUCCCCCGACCGUCAUCGGUGAACGAUCCAACCUCGGCGCGGGAAGCCGCUUAUCCAUUAGGGCCUGCUCCCGCUCCGCGUACCGGCCCGACUCCUGCUGCUGCUUCAGUGUCUGCCCCCACCCAAGGCACCACAACCUUCACCCGCGCCCGCGGCGCAUCUCUCUACCUCAACGUAAUCCCCCCGACCGACGGCCGCGAGAACGACCCGCUGAAGCGCUGGCGCGGCGCUCCGCUCGUGUCGUGGGGCGUCGGCGGCACUUUUGUGACCAUGUUCCCUAAGGAGGUCCCCCGCUACGGUACAAACUCGAGUAUCCCGGCUGUGGUGCGUAGUCCGGGGCAGGUUAAAGUGCAGAAUGUCAAGGAGAUCUUGCCGCUGGAGGAGCGGCUGGCCAAGUUCCCUGGCCCGUUGAAGGGGAAGGGGAAGAAGAAGGAGACUGUUGCGUGGUUGACGGCGGGGAUUGAGGGGUUGGAACGAGACUUGCCUACUACUGGCUAUGCCCAGGCUGGGGGGUUCUCGCCGGCGUAUAACGCGCAGGUCGACAAGCAGGUGGCCGAGCGGGCGUCGGAGCGGGUGUUGCUGUGGAAGAUUCUAAGGGUGUUUGUUGAGCAUGAUGGUGUGUUGGAGGGUAACGCAGCGGUGGAAAAGGCUGUGCGGGAGGUGCUGUCUCCGAAUCUGGGAGGAGGAGGAGGAGACGUAUCAGCCAGCGCUACGCCGUAUCUCCAAGGCCACGGGAGUCAAAGCCAGGUGCAGUCCGACGCAGUCAGUGCGUCGACGCUCGAGCAGAUCCGCCAGCACUUGUUGAGCGGCGACUGCGAGAAAGCCGUGUGGGCUGCGGCCGACCAACGGCUCUGGGGUCACGCGCUCUUGCUUUCCAACGCUCUCGCGCCCGCGCUGUACAAGCAGGUCGCGCAGGAAUUUGUCAAGAAAGAAGUCAACGUUCCCGGCCACGGCCACGAGUCCCUCGCGGCGCUGUAUGGGGUGCUCUCCGGCAACCACGAGGAGAGCGUCGACGAGUUGGUGCCGAGCCACGCGCGCGCCGGCCUGCAGCUGAUGGCCACCACCAACGCGAACAACGCGAAUGCCAACAACGCCAACGCCAACGCCGCCGACGGCCUGGACAAGUGGCGCGAGACCCUCGGGCUCGUCCUCAGCAAUCGCAGCGCCGACGACGCCCGUGCCAUCCACGCCCUCGGCGUGCUGCUGGCCGGGUACGGACGUGCCGAGGCCGCCCAGGUGUGCUUCCUGUUUGCGCGUAGUCCCGCGCACACCGUGUUUGGCGCGCUUGACGACCCGGCUGCGCCGUCUGCCAAGGACCUGGAACCGCUGCUGUUGGGCGAGGUGUAUGAGUACGGCCAGAGCCUGCAGGCUCUCGCGGGGACGACGACGACUACCGGAAACAUCACAGGGCUAUCCGGGUCAGGGGCAGCGUCAGGGUCAACGGCCGCAGCAGGGUUAGUAGGGUUGCCAGGCACACACGCCCACCUGGCCGCGUACAAACUGCAGCACGCCCUAGUGCUCGCCGAGUCCGGCUUCCGCGACAAGGCCCUGCAGUACUGCGACGCCCUCGCGACCGCCAUCACGGCCCAGACCAAGCGCUCGCCCUACCACCAUGUCAUCCUCGAGCAGGCCGUCGAAGACCUCCUGCGGCGUCUCAAGCAGGCGCCCAAGGAGGACUCCGGGUCGUGGAUCCCCAAGCCCAGCAUGAACAAAGUGUCUGACUCGGUCUGGAGUCGAUUUAACAAAUUCGUCUCCGGCGACGACGACGGUUCGGGCGAGGGCCACGGUCAGGGCCACGCUGCCGACGGCGAGGUUGGGCCGGGUCCGUUUGGCCGUGUUGCGGGUGGCACCCCCACCAUCAGCCGGACUCCGUCGGUCACGAACCUCGAGACGUAUGGUGUUGCUGCGCUGCCUGGUUACGGCGGCCUUCCCCCUGCUACCGCGUCGUCCACAACCCCAAUGUCAACAUCGGCCCCGCCUGCUCCUACCCGCGCAGCAUCCCGCUACGCGCCCGGCGCACCCCCCUCAACGACGGGGUCUGCGUCUAACAGCCGGCCUUCCACCGCGGCGUACGCUCCUGCUGGUGCUGGUGGUUCUCCGUAUGCGCCCCGGUCCUCGAUGGAGCGCACUUCGGGCGAGUACAGUCGGGGUGGAUCGUUUGAGGUACCGCGGCGGUCGCUUGAGAUGCAAGGCGCUGGGGCCGGUCGUACCGGGAGUUAUAGUCCUGUGCGGGCUGGCUCGCCGCUGGGGUCGUCGUCGCCGUAUCUCCCGGCUGCGGCUGGGUUUCAGCCUGUUGCUCCUCCUGCGGCUGCUGCUCCUGCUCCGGUUCCCGGGGCUGGGGCUGUUCCUGCGACUAUUGCAUCACCUCACACUCCAGCCAGUGCAUUCUCCCCGUCGAUCGGGUAUCCCGGCACGGCUCCGUCGUCUGUGGGCUAUCCUAUGCCCUCCGAUAGCGCUGGUCAAUCCCCUGAGGCAUCGGGGUAUCAACCGCCUUCAUACGGCUACGAACCCCCGUCGUUUACCCCCUACGAGGGCCCGUCCACUAGCACCCCCGGAGAGGAAGCAACACCCGGAACCGAGACCUCUUCCUAUGAACCCCCCUCGUACCAGCCGUACAGCUACGAACCGCCUUCCUAUGAGCCCGACCUGCCCGCCACGGAAGACGCUGCGGGAUCGAACGAGGAUGAUAACGACGAGAAACCGAAGCCGAAACCCAAGAAGAAGGGUAUUAUGUAUGAUGAUGACGAUGAUGAUUUCCCCACGCCGCGGCCGGCGGAGAAGUCCAAGGCUGAAAAGGAUCGGGAGAACGAGGAGAUGUUUCGUCGGGCGGCUGAAGAGGAUGCCAAACGCGCCGAAGCAGCCAAACAAGCCCCCAAAAAGGGCUGGGGUUUCACCUCCUGGUUCGGCGGCGCCAAAAAGGACGGUCUCGACGGUUCCUCCUCACCCUCCCAAAACGGCAGCAGCGGCGCCUCCAACCCAAACAAACCCAUCCGCGCCAAACUCGGCGAAGCCAAUUCCUUCUACUACGACCCCGAACUCAAACGCUGGGUCAACAAGAAUGCCGGGCCCGAAGACCUCGUCAAGAAAGCUACCCCGCCGCCUCCCAGAUCGUCAGGUGGUGGUUCGCCGCGCUCUGUUAGCGCCAGUCCGGCGUUAGGUGCUGCUGCGGGGGUGGAUGGACGGCCGCAUACUUCUGAUGGGCCGCCUAGGGCAGGUGGUGGUGGUGGUAUGAGUGGUAUGAGUCUGGGUGAUAGUCUUGUCCCGCCCCCGCCUGGCCCAGUAGCCAUGUUACGCUCUGUAUCAAACACCAGUACCGCUAGUGCACCGCCCUUGGGACAACAUACCUCUGCAUUCGGCACCACAGGACCGGGGGGAAGACCUCCGAGGUCAUCGUCGCGUCCGCCGACGAGCUUGAGCAACUCGAGUAGCAUUGAUGAUUUGUUGAGUGCGGCGGGGCCGAGGAAACCGGGGGCUGCGAAGAAGGCGAAGAGGGGGGCGCGGUAUGUGGAUGUUAUGGGGAAGACAUAA